CUCUCUGUUAUCAUAUCUUCUUUCUCCUCUUUUCUUUUGAUCAGUCAAAAUAAUACAAUGAGAUCGGAAUCUGAAACACUAGAAGAUCAGCCAAAACCCCUUUACAGUAGAAGAGAUGAAACAACGAAAAGAGGACCUGAGAGCAUGCUUCAUACUCUGCUAUUUUGUCCUCGUGAUAUGUUGGUUUUUGAUACUUUUCAGUAUGCUAGUGCCCGAGAUCAAAAUAGUUCAUAUGAGUUUUACAACCGAGCUUAAUAAUAAUAGUACAACACAACAAGUUCAUUAUCUUCCUCUGGUUAGUGCUAGAUGGGAUUUACUGAUAAGAGUGCCUGGAAAACUUGUUGGUGAUUACAUAUGCCUCCAAGGAAACCUCCAAGCCUCUUUUCUUUACAAGAAUGUUACUCUUGUUACGUCCUCUGUCCAAAGUUACGGGAAACUCGAAGUAGGCAUGCCUCAACUUCUCAAUAUUUCUGCGGUUGCUACUGAAGAAGAUUUGGGAGGUGCAGCUGGCAUGGGAGAGAUUAUGGAGGCUAUAAAAGAGAGGACUGAUUUGAGGUUUGGAUCGCGGUUGUCACUUACGGAUUGUAGGGAGGAGACAGAGGAAGGUACACUGAGCUAUGACUGCGAUGAAACCAUGUUGAAGUUUGAUCAAGGCUCAAAUCAUAUUAAGGCGACUACUUUCGGGAAGCACGCAAGUUGCAUUGUUAAUCUUUAGUUUCCUAAGUUGUUAAGUCAUCACUACAUUUGUGAUUUACUUAAUACUUUCAUUCGGAUUUGGCUUCUUGAUUUUGUUGUCGUUAUUUUAAUUUCUAGUUCUCCUUUGAGAUUGUUGUUUGAUCUCUCUCUUUUGAC